AUGGAAUUGGACAGCGAAGUAUCCACGGAUAAAAUAUCUAUGAUCAAAACUUCUACUAACUCUCAAAAACCGCCAUCAUUAGAGCAACAACCUGAUGUUGUUCGAACACGAAAAAUUAUACUUAUUUUGAUCGGAAUAUUACUGUUUCUCUGUAUUAUUUGUUUUAUAUUCGUUUUUCAUUCACUUGCAACUAGUGAUUCAAAGAAAGAUCAAUCUCCAAAUAGUGGUUCUCAAUUAGUUUCUGUAUUUAUUUCUAUUAUUUACUAUUGUUUCGGAUUAUUAGUAACCUAUCGUUAUUAUCAAACAGGUCUACUUGUCUUUGCAUGGCUUGGUUUUGUAACACUUCUCUCAAUGUUAGCUUUUGUUAUCAUUAUUCUUGUUGGAAUUAUUAUUAACACAUCACAUUUAGGAGUUGCUAAAGGAGUAAUCGUUGCAAUUAUAUUUAUUAUUAUUUGUUUAACAGCUUCAUUAGUUCAAAUUUUUACUGUACGAUAUGUUUUUAUAUUAUCAAAAUUAUUAAAAAAUACAAAACGUUUAACAAUUGAACGAAUCUAA